AUGACAAGGCGGCUGAGCAAAGGGCAGCCUGACGUUAUCUUCUCGACAGUCCCAUCAUCAUCAACUUGGACCUCUUCGAGGACGUUUGAACCGCACGCCCUCUACCGGGCUCAGCUUGCAAUAGCACAGGUUUCUUCGAGGGACUCGGCUAAGAAGACUGCCCUCGGCAACUUGCGGCUGAGUAAAGGGCAGCCCAACAUUAUCAUCUCGAAAGUGCCGUCAUCAACUUGGACGUGUUCGAGAGUGAGUGUGCGCAGACGUUUGAACGGCACGCUCCUGACCGGGCUCAGCUUGAUGAUAUUGCGCAGGUGUAGUUCUUCGAGGGACUCGGCGGUUAUCAUCGGGAGCCAUUUGUUAAGAAGGGAGAUGACCGGUGGUGAGAGAGGAGUGGAUAAGUGGAGAUGGAGUUUGUGUAUGGAUAGUGUCGAGGUUGGGGCGAGUUGUUGGUCCUUUGUGGCGCCAUGGUCUGGAGAGGAGAGAGAGAACGUGGUGACAUUCGGGACAUCAAUUUCGAUGCUACACCCUUCGAUCCUCUUGGAACCAAACAAUUCAAAGUACUUGAGCCCAGACGGUGGCACUUCGCUCAGCCUAACGUUUCUCAACCCCCAACAUCUUUUAAUGACCAAGCGCCUGAGCAAAGGGCAGCCUAACAUUAUCGUCUCGAAAGUGACGCCAUCAACUUGGACCUGUUUGAGAGUGAAUGUGCGCAGACCUUUAAACCGCACGCUCUUGACCGGGCUCACCCUACAUUUGCACAGGUGUAGUUCUUCAAGGGACUCGGCUAAGAAGACUGCCGAGGGGAGAAGAAUGUGCUUUGGCGGUGGCACCAUCUCCAUGAGCGUCAUUGCCCUCGAUACGGACCCUCUCGAGACUCGGGAUAUCUAUUUUGAUGCUACGACCUUUGAUGCCCUUAAAAUUCUUAAAUACAAAGUAGUUGAGCCCACGCGGUGCCACCUCCUUAGUCUAACGCGCCUGAGCAAAGGGCAUCCCAACGUUUUCGUCUCGAAAGUCCCGCCAUCAACAUCGACCCAUUCGAGGGUGAGCGUGCGCAGACUUUUGAACAGCACGCUCUCGACUGGGCUCAGCGUGCAUUUUCUUAGCUGUAGUUCUUGGAGGGUGAGCGUGCGCAGACUUUUGAACAGCACGCUCUCGACUGGGCUCAGCGUGCAUUUUCUAAGGUGUAGUUCUUCGAGGGACUCGGCUAACAACACUGCCGAGGGGAGGUCGUGA